ACGCUCAAUUCUGUUAAGUUUUCAUAUCGAGGUGAAACAGAAAUUCAAAACGAGAAGGAAAUUACUACUACACCAAACGAAAACGCCAGAUAUGUCAGAAACGCUGGCGCACCUUCCAGAGAUUGUAUAAAAUGUUUCCUGAAAUUUCUUAAUUUUAUUUUUUAUAUUACACGGGAAAACGAACACAUCCAAAUUGAGAAUCAACCGGAAAUUGCCGAUUUUUGUUUACAUUUUUUUCAUUUGGCUUCUUUUUAUGAUUUACAAGCAAUGGCCAAACGAGCAGCUGGAUUGGUUAUAUUUCGCCGAAUUGGAGAGCAGAUACAGUACUUGUUGUUACGGGCAUCCUACGGAGAUUUUCAUUGGAGUUCACCCAAAGGUCAUGUUGAUCCAGGGGAAGACGACUUUACAACGGCUUUGAGAGAGACCAAAGAAGAAGCCGGGUACUCGGAGGAAGAUUUAAUCAUCUACCAUGAUAAGAAAAAAGUGCUGAAUUAUAAAGUAAACGAUAAACCGAAAGUGGUAAUUUAUUGGUUAGCUCAGUUAAAAGACCCAAACAAAGAGCCAAUGUUAUCAGAUGAACACGUUGAAAUGAAAUGGUUGUCUAAAGAUGAUGCGAAAAGAACGGUUGGUUACAAGGACAAUCAGGAUAUGAUCGACGAGUUCCAUGAAAUAAUUCUAAAAUUACAAUAAAAAAAAUCAGUUAAUUUACGACGUAAAAGAAAAUAAGCAUCUUAAA